CCUCAGAGUCGGGGGCGGGGCCGCACGCGGCUCUGAAGUGGGGCGUGCGGCUCCCCCUGUAGGCGGCGUGCAGCGAGACGGCGGAGCUGGAAGGCCUCGCCGCGUACGACGGUCGUUGCCCCUCGGGAAGCGGGGAGUGGAGAAGGAGGAUAAAAAAGGCUCCAGGUGCGAGGCAAAGAUGGAGGAAGGCUCCCAGGCCCCGGACUGGGACAGUGAUGAGACGGUGAUAGACGAGUCGGUGACGGAGAGCGACCUGGAAGAAGAGGAGCUGCCCUGGAGAAGGUUGCUCUUUGAUGAAGACACAUCUCUUAGAUCUGAGUUCAGUCUCCAUCCUGGUAUAAGUGGCAGGUGCAAAGGCAAACUUUCUCCUGAGAUUCAACUUGGGUUUAAACUGAGAGAUAAUCCCCAAGAGCAAAUGAGUAAAAAUAAGAUAAUGCCUCUUAAUGACAAGGCAGUCUUACAGCAACCUCAAGAUGAAAUGGAACAAAGUCAAGCUCUAUUCCAGCAUAGAAAAAGUUUUCCAGUGGUCACUGAAUCAUUUCCCCAGGCUGAACUUUCACUGAACCACCGAAGCAUUCAAGGGCCUGAGGCUGAAAAUCCUGAAAUUUUACCACACCCAGAAAAGGAACUAAGCACAGACAGAGACUCUCCUGAAAUUAGCUUUCUCUCACGUACUGCUCUUAGAGUAUCCAAUGUGGUGGUUGUAAAGGAGAAAUCGUUAAUAGAGCCAGAGAAGAUCUUAGCAGUACCAAAUAUGUUUUCUGAGUCUAGAAAUGAAGCCAUGUCGACCAUGAAUUCUGAAGAAACCAAGGAUGAAGAAAGCUCUCUUAAAACAUUUGUGUCUACCUUAGAAAGGUUACUCACAUCACCAGAAAUCACUCAGGAGGAAAGACUAUUUGAAAUAAUGAGUGAUUUCGAUCCUAAAGAGUUGACCAACCCAUUGAGCAAGUCUCCAAGUUCCAUAUCAGUGUCUUUGACAUGUCACAGAGAUUUACUAAAAAACACAAAGGAUAAUGCAUUGCCAACUGAAUUGUUAGCAGCCUUAAACACAUUAUCAGAAGCCACUGUGGGACCCAUCUGUCACAAAACAGAGGGAGGCAGCAGUCUCACUGCUGGAAAUGAAUGUUUAGGAGUGGAGCCCAAGAUGUCUCAGACUGGUGAAGAUUGUAUACAAAUAACAGAGGUGAACUUGGAGUCUCUUUGUUCUCCUCGGCUUUUUGACCAAGAUUCUAAGUUAGCUGAGCUGCAGGACAAGCAUCUUUCACUGCAGCAUACUCUAGAAGAUCCAAAUCCAUUUGGAUUGCAAACUUCAGUUCAUCACAAUGUCACCACUUGUGAUUCACUAUUAAAUAAUAAGGAAAAUUCACAAUCAUUGGAAAAUGGGUCUGACCAGGACACUCUGUGCGUGUUGAGGAGAUCAUCCAGACUGAAAGCAGGAAGAGAUGCAAAGCACACAGAUGAGAUGUAUAAGAUGCCAGAAAAGAUUUUACAAAAGAUACUUGUCUGUGAGGAUCAAACAAAUAAGAAGAAGUCCUCAACUAAGAAUUUCAGAAUGCAGGAUCCUGCUUUAAUGAUUAAAGGUAAAAGGAAGAAUAUGCAUUCAGCCAGACUCAAGAGUGGAAAACAGAUCAGGAAAAACAGAAAACUUGCUGGAAAAAAUGGAAAAAUGAAGAUGAAUGAAAUACCUCUUUCUAACAUUAACCGUAGAAACAUAUUUGGAGAGAACUUACUGUAUCAGGCUGCUCUGCACAAUGACCCUGACCUUGUUCAUCAUUUUAUAGUAAAAGGGGGAAAUGUUAAUCAACAAAGUUAUGCUGGUUGGACAGCACUUCAUGAAGCUAGUGUAGGAGGAUUUUAUCAGACAGCAAGUGAACUAUUAAAAGGUGGAGCCGAUGUAAAUAUCAAAGGAAUGUACCAGAUCACUCCCCUACACGAUGCUGUCAUAAAUGGACGUUAUCAGGUGGCAGCGUUACUUCUUUUGAAUGGAGCUGAUCCCUUACUUAGAAGUGACAAUGGAAAGUGUGCUUUGGAUGAGGCCAAAGAUUCACGUAUGAAGCGUCUCCUUGAGAAAUAUAUUCCUAAACACCAAAAACAUCUUACAUCAGCUCAAAAGAACAGCACUGACCUAUCAGACAUAGAGGAUGUACACCAGCACAAGAAACCAAAAUUCAGUUCUAAAAAUCUCAUUGGGUUUGUUUGUGAUGAAAAUUCCAACAGACAGAAAUCAGAAGAUGUAAAAGUUGAUAAAGGAAGCAAAGAAGGUUUAUUUAUAAAUAAAGAUGUAUAUGAACAUUACCGAAGAGAUUCCAAAGACACAAAAUUUGGUAAAUCCAUGCAUAAGCAAUCAGCUCUUAACCAAAUACACUCUAUUAGAGGACUCAGAAAAGACAGUCUCCAGGAUAUCAAAGGUCCUAGCACAAAUGUGUCUAAAGCCAGAGGAAGAAGAAACACAUGGCAUAAAAGAACUCAAGUGGAUGAUGCAAAACAAGAAAGCAUUCCAAGAAAGACAGUCGCUGUUUCUUCUUCCAGAAGAAUAAAUAGAUUGGUUACUGGUCAACAAGAUAUUCUCCAAGGCUUUGCUGACCUUCCAGAAAAGUCACAUAAACUUUUUAGCCUAGCUCCGUCAAGCCUGAAAAAUGGAUUAGGUAAUAGUAUGGAGGCUUGUUCAGUUCUCAAAGAGACACAUAUCCACAGCCUGGAUUUAUCAGAUAAUCAGGAAACAAAAUGCUUGGAAUCCACUCAUGGAGCUGAAGCUGUUUUUUUCUCAGGACUUUCCUUACAGAAAGAAAUCAAGUUACCACUUGUUACUACACAUCAGCAGCCUGACACUCACCAAGAACAACAGCACAUUAGCCUUUCUCAUGAAAAUAGUAACUUGGGUCAAAAAGGUGAGAGCCUUAAUGAGUGGGAAAAUUCUUUCGCAUCCUUUAUAAAGGAAAAUCUUAGUGAUGAUGAUGAUUGCUAUAUCUCUGAGAAGGCUAUAACACCUAAAAAAGUGGUAUGUUCUACGGGUUGCAAAAACCACUAUAAUUGUGAAGAGAAUAUAACAAAUAGAGAAGAAAUGGAUUUUCAACAGGUUUUCCCUUCUGAAGACCGUAUUUCACAGGAAAAUAAGUUAAAAGCUUGCAGUCUAACCAUAUUUCCACAACAGGAAGCUGUUGAUUUUUCUGAGUCAGGUAAUACAAUAGGUCCUGAACAACAUGUUGCAAAUUACGGACGAUGCACAUAUGAAACUUCUUUUGAUCAUUCACAUGGCAGUCCAGAGCUUUGUCCAGGAACAUUUUCAACACAGGGAACUUCAAAGUUGACUAGUCAUGUGGAGCUAUUCAAAAGGCCUCAAGAUCCUUUAAUGGAUCAAACAGAUACGCAUACUGUGGAAAAGGUAAAUGAGGGAGAAGACGCUAAAAGGGAUUACAACGAUGAAAGUCAAAAACCAAGUUCUUCCAAAGGGCCUUUGUCUGCAGUUGUUAAUUCUCAUGUAAUAGAAACAACUACAGUUGAAAAAAGGAAACAAGAUAUUCCAGAGAACAAAACCAUACAUAAUAUAAUUUUUUAUUCUGCCGACAAUAUUAAUAAGGAAUUGACCAAUGUCUCACAACUUAGACAAAAAGAAGAGAAAGAAAUUUCUCAUAUACCAGGUGAGAAAUUAACUAAUAUCAAUGGAGAUGAAAACUCUGUGAGAAACAUUGAAAAAAAAGAAAAAACAGAUUUUGAAAUUCAAAUGUCUACUGGUAUCCAGAAACACAAAAAAGUCCGGAAUUUGAGAAGAAAACAAAAUUUUUUGAAAGCUACCUGCAGCCAAGCAUUUGGCAGAAGAGAAGCCUCAGUUUUGCUUGGCAAAUUUUCAGAAAUGAAAACAGCUGGAAUCAAUAAGAGGCAUGCCAGAAGGGAAAGCCGGCUUCAUUUGGCUGCCACAAGAGGAAAUUUGUCUCUGGUGAAGGCUCUAAUAGAAUCCGGAGCAGAUGUGAAUGUAAAAGAUAAUGCAGGUUGGACACCACUCCAUGAGGCAUCUAGUAAGGGAUCUAAUGAUAUAAUUGUAGAGUUGUUAAAAGCUGGUGCUAAUGUUAAUUGUGAAAAUGUAGGUGGGAUUCUGCCCUUACAUGAUGCUGCCUCCAGCAGUCAUUUAAAGGCAGCUGAGAUUCUACUACAACAUGGAGCAAACCCAAAUCAAAAGAAUCAAAAGCAGAAUACUGCUUUGGAUGAAGCAGAUGAUGGAAAAACGAAAGAGCUGCUGAAAUCUUAUGAUGCUGUUGAGACUGAUAAUAGAGAUGAAAGUAAUGCUACCGUCACUGUCAAAAUUCCUGCUGCCCGACCAAAAAGACAUAAACAGUGUUUUAGUGACGACUGCAAAAGUGUUGAUCCACCUUUUCUUUCACACAGAGAAAAAACAAGAGAAAGCCAUCCUGUGCAUCAUACCAUCAGUGCCAUUCUACAAGACAUAGAAGAAAAACAAGAAAGUUUACUAGAAUUUGAAAUAAGAACCCCUGAAGAUGCAGAACAAUACAUUGAAAAGAUGUUAGAGAUAAAAGAGGUUAUGGAUAAUGUGCUUGCCAAACAGAAGGCAGAAAGGGAUGAUCUGGCUAAAAAAUACAGAGUGUCCAUAGAAUCAUUUAAGCAAGGAGUCCUCAGAGAACAACUGGCUAAUUUGGCCACAAGACAGAAGAGCCUUUUAGUUGUGGCAAAAAAACAGAAAAAAAUUAGCCAGAAAAUUCAAAACUAUAAAAACAUUACAUCUGUGUCUGGUCCUGGUUUGAAGAGGCUUCCAUCCAGCUCAGAAAUCUCUAGUGACAAGGACAGCCAAAGGCUUACCAGUCUGGGAAAUUCAGUGCAGCCCCAUUCAGGUUCAUGUUCUCCUGUCAGCCUUAUUUGUGGAAGCAUACAGGAAACACAGUCAUCUCUGGAAACAUGGAAUGGCAGCCAAAAUACCAACACUUGUGUAAAUUCAGAGACAGUGAGAAGGGAAGAAUUUUUUGGAAAUGAGCUGAAUUCUAAACAGAAUGUCAAUGACUGUACCUUGGAUGGGUUAUCAAAAUCCAGACAUUCAGAUGGCACUAAGAAGAUUAAAUUACCACCCCAGCCUGUUGCUUUUCUUGCUCAAGCAGAAUAUUCACAAAAAGAAAACGAUCUUACAGAAACUCCAGCCAAAGGGAAUGAAUCUUACAGUAGUCCUUCAGCAGUAACUGGCACAUUAAAUAUUUCAGAGACUACAGGCAGACUUGCCGAAAAUGAUGCCCAUCUAUCAACUGUUAUUUGCAAUCAGGCUCCUACCAAUUGUGAUCUGAAAAGAGGAAACAGGAAAAUAGCUUCCCAGCAGCCACCUAGGGGGACAUUAGAAUCCUUGGCACACCAAGGGACUGAUGCCUUAGGCAGUACUACUGGGCAUCAGAUGAAAUCAUAUCUUAAAAAAUCAGUUUUUGCUGUUCCCCAUGCUCAUGAUGGUGAGAGCUCCUAUUCCUCGGGAUCUGGCCGUCAACAUAUUAUAAAAAACCCUUUAAACAAUAGCACAGCUCCCAGAAAGAAAUAUAUGCAGAUAAAAGAUCUGAUAUUACUAGGAAGAAUUAAUCCAGGAAAUAACAUUCUGGAAUUCAAAACACAGGAGACUACUCACAAAGCCAGUGUUUUAUUGAGUGGUAAAAUUAAGGUAGAAAAUGGUCAGAUUUAUCAAAAUCCAGUCACCUGGCUCAAGGAUCUUCUAGGAGACGACAGUUACGUGACUUGGAAUUAUGCUUGGAGUAAGGUAACAUAUCUGGGGAAAGAGCUUGUAAAGUACGUUUCUGAGGAAAUACCUGUACCCUCAGAGCCAAACAUGGCGCCUCAGCAACAUCAACCUUGUCUUCCAGGAACUUCCAGAGAGUCAAUGCAAAACAUCCCACAUUAUCUACAAAUAAAAGAAGUUCUAUUAAUCAGCGAUCAAGAAUUUCUCCCAUGCCAUAUAAUGGAUCAACAUUGGAAGUUCUAUGUGGAAUGCGAAGAGCUAACAUUCUAAAACCUUGUUUUCUUAAUAAUUUAAUAGGUAUUUGUUCAUAUUAUUAAGCCACAUUCAUGUUUUAUCUUAUAAGGGCCAGGGGGCCUAUUUUAAUACACACUUUAUGAGUUGCUACUUAAGAUGUGUGUUUACUAUUGUAAGAAAAAAUAGAACUCAAACUAUUGUAGUUAGAUAAAAUACUUUUUUGCCAUUGUAAUAAAGGCAUUUUUGAAAUAAA